GAAAUUAAGAAAUUGCGUUUGGUUAGCGCAAGAAACACAAGCACGAAGAGAGAGAGAGAGAGAGAGAGAGAGAGAGAGAUGAGUGGAGGCGUAGGUGGGAGAUCCAAACCCUUCCUCCUCCUCCUCGUCGUCGCCACGAUCUCUUCGCAAUUCGCAUCAGUUCUUGGUGGUGAUCCCUCACCAACAAAAGACGCAAAAAAGGAUGAUUCACAUUCGAAGAGCAACACCGGUCGCGAGGUGCUAUUCAUAUGCUUGGGAGUCGGCGUAGCUGUUGCUUUGUCAAUUUUCCUUUUCAAGCUUUGGCAGAAAAAGAAGAGAGAAGAGCAGCAUGCGCGCCUUCUAAAGUUGUUUGAGGAGGAUGAUGAGCUUGAGGUUGAACUCGGCCUUCGGGAUUGAAAAUCUUGGCAUGUAUCAAGUUUACUUUCAUGGCUGAGGUUUUGGUGGCUAUUGACGAAAUUCUCUUGGCAACAUAAAGAUUUUUAUUUUUAUUUGACCCUUUUGAUGUCCUUAAAGACGAGGUCAAAUUAUAUUGUUUCUGCUCUGUUAUUAGUAUAUUGGUUGAUAUAGGGGGAGAAAAACCUGUAAGCUUGUUGGGGUCUCCUUUUCUUGUGUGAAAUGAUUUGAUUUUGUAAAAAUGGUAUGCUCACAAAGGCAACAUACAGUAAUUACUGUUCACUGUAGUUAUAUCUUACAUCGCAACUUUUUUUUUUUGCGUCAACUCAUGAUGCAGGAAAAGGUUGGCAAAUAAUCUGGUUUAGUUUUACUUCUGAUUUGAAUUGUUAUA